UCAACAGGGCCCCCAGCCCUAUAAAAGCACUAGUAAUCGCCUUUCCACACUUCUGUGUGUGUGGAGCUGGCCUGGAGUUUCCCACCUCACCUACCAGACAACUCCUUCUCCCUCCUCAGCCUGUCUCCUAUCUUCUCCCGAAACCUUCAUCUUCAUCUCUGCCAACCCAGGCAAUGCCUCCCAACCUCACUGGCUACUACCGCUUUGUCUCUCAGAAGAACAUGGAGGAUUACCUGCAAGCCCUAAACAUUAACAUGGCUCUGCGGAAGAUAGCACUGCUGCUGAAGCCAGACAAGGAGAUCGACCAUCAGGGCAACCACAUAACAGUGAAGACUCUCAGCACCUUCCGCAACUAUGCUGUGGAAUUUGAGGUGGGAGUCGAGUUUGAGGAGGACUUGAGGAUCGUGGAUGGACGAAAAUGCCAGACCAUAGUGACCUGGGAAGAGGAGCAGCUGGUGUGUGUGCAGAAAGGGGAGGUCCCCAACCGAGGCUGGAGACACUGGCUGGAGGGAGAGAAGUUGUAUCUGGAACUGACGGCAAGGGAUGCAGUGUGUGAGCAGGUCUUCAGGAAGAUCAGAUAACCAGACAGGAGCAGAGGCCCCUCCAACAACAUUGGUCCACAGACCCCUCUUGCUUUUGGCCCCUUUAAGCCUGGAUUAUGCCAGGUCUACAGUCCCCCAUACCCUCCCUCUGGGUUCCUUCCUCAUCCCUCCAUGUUAAUCUGUAACUUGCAGUCCCUGGACCAAAGUCUUCUCUUUCUCACACUUCACUGCCUAGGAGUGACCUCAUUUCCAGGUCAAGGUCUGGCUUCCUGGUUGAAAAAAAUGGCAAAGGGCAAUGGCCCUUGAGAAUAACCAGUCUUGACUGUCCCAGGUUCACUCAGGCUCUCAUUUUCCUUCUCAGGAAGAAAUAAGCUUUGGGCAUUUGGGGGUUAGAGAAAAUUCUAUCCUGGUGGACCUUUUGGAAAACCAUGACUGGGUGCUCGCUUCGGCAGCACAUAUACUAAAAUUGGAAAACCGUGACUGGGGUUCCAGAAUUUAAACAGGAGCUAUUGGGCUAGUCUUUUUGUGCUCUUCUUUGUCCUUAUUCUUGAGAAACCUCCUGUGCUCAAUAGAUAGAGCCAGGCUCUAGGCAUGCCUCCCUGCCACCCCAUCCCCCAGGGCUCAACAGACUCUCUGACAUCUGAAGGCAUCCUGGCUACCUUAUACUUCCAUCCCACAUGUUGGGGAAGAGGGAUGGGACUGGUCAAGACCUUUGUCCAGUGCCAGGGGAGGUGGGGCGCUUCUCACUAGUGACCUGGCCUCCAUGGCUGCCCUGAAAGCCCAGAAAAGACUGAAAAGGGAAGCAGCCAGAGAUGCCAAGGGGUGAAAAGAUGAGGGAUAUGAGGUGGAAGGCAACCAGAGGAGAAGCCCAGGAGGUCCCACUAGAGGGACCGUCUGCUCAAAAGCCAGCAAAGCUAGAGGCAGGGGGAGCUGAGGAGAGCAAGGCCCCUCCUCUAGGGUCCCAGAGUCUGGGCUGCCUUGGAAAACAGCCCAGAAGGGUGGGGCUGUUUCAGGGUUAUGGCCAGCUCCAGCCUCUGGCCUCUUCCCCACCUCUGAGGCCCUGGUUCCUUCAGAAUAAAAGUCCCAUGGGGCAAGUAUCAGAGAAAAGGGCUCAAUGUGGAGGUGGGGACAGAAGCUGGUGGGUGGAAGAGUUGAGAGUUUGGAAAGUCCCUGGCUCCACUGGAUUAUCACUCUUGGCCCCUCUUCCUGUAAUGACCAGGCCUCCUAGAAAAAGCCUUAUAGAGAAAAGACGGUUACUGGGGCUCUGGACAAGAAGAAAUAUACUGACCCCACCAAACACCUUGGAAUAAAUUUGGAAAAGAAAGAAAAGA